AUGCCCUCCACUCAUGUUGAUGGUAAUACACUGCUGAGUAGCACACAACCACCACCGAACCCAAGUAGUUGCGUUAUCAUCAUACAGAACAACUACAUUGCGGAGGGGGGAACCAUCAACAUACUUUCAAGUAACUGUAACGGUUCCACCGUGAGCAAGUUUGAACAUGUCGGACUGACUGCAGAGCCCACAUCCUUGGACCCUCUGUUGACGAGUCAGCCAGAGCCAAUGGAGCACGGUCAUGAAAGCAUAGUGUUGAGCGGUAAUACGUUCGGUCAUCAAGUUCAUCCAAAAGAAAUUUGGCUGAAGAAUGAUUGCAUCAGUUAA